AAACCUGAAGAAACCCAACCUCCAGCUGCACCCAGUCCAACCAUGCCAAUCACCAAGGUGCAGCCAUUUAUCCAAGAGGAUGACUUAAAGAAAAGCUGGAAGAACAGACUGCUGGCCCAUCGCUUUGAGCUGCUAAUCGCUUCAUGCCUCAUCAUGGUGUUCACGCUCACUCUCGGCAUCGGCUUUGGAGUGGGUCUGAGCUGUGUGGGGAAAUUUCAUUGUGGUUCAUCAUCUCAGUGCAUCAGCUCCUCGUCUCAGUGUGAUGGAGAGGUGCACUGUGACAAUGGAGAGGAUGAGCUCGGCUGUGUGCGUCUGAGUGGGAAAAGCUCAGUGCUGCAGGUCCAGAAAGGGGGAGUAUGGAGGACAGUCUGCUCAGAGGACUGGAACAACUGGCUGGGGGUCUCUGCCUGCAAGCAGCUUGGUUACUCAAGGUAUGUGGAGUCGUUCUUUGUCUCUCUGACCUCCAUUGAGCAGGAUCUUCAGCAGAACCUAAUGUCCAUCAACCUGAGCCUGUCACAGAUCAUUAAGCUCCAGAACACCACAACCUUCAGUAAGACUCAGUGCAGCUCAGGGAAGGUGACCACUCUGAAAUGUUUGGAGUGUGGCUCCAGGUCUCAGUACAACACUCGUAUUGUUGGUGGUAACAUCUCCAAACUGGGUCAGUUCCCCUGGCAAGUCAGCCUCCACUACAGCAGUGAACACUUGUGUGGAGGCUCCAUCAUAACAUCACGCUGGAUCCUCACUGCGGCACACUGUGUGUAUGGGUUUGCAAAUCCCUCCAUGUGGGCGGUCCAUGUGGGGCUGACGGAGCAACCGGUCCACGGGGCCCAGUCUCUGGCUGUGGAGCAGAUCAUAUACCAUGCUCGAUACCGGCCCAAAGGACUGGACUACGACAUUGCACUGAUGAAAGUUGCCAUGUCACUCGUUUUCAAUGGCUUUGUGGAGCCCAUCUGCCUGCCUAACCAUGGGGAGGAUUUUGUGGAGGGCACCAUGUGCUGGAUCUCUGGAUGGGGAGCAACUGAGGGUGAUGGAGAGACGAGUGUUGUUCUACGUUCUGCCAUGGUACCGCUCCUCUCCACUAAGACCUGCAACCAGCCAGAGGUUUACCAUGGCUUCAUCUCCUCCUGGAUGAUCUGUGCCGGGUACCUGGAGGGAGGAACUGACUCUUGUCAGGGGGACAGCGGAGGUCCUUUGGCCUGUGAGGACUCGUCUGUAUGGAAGCUGGUUGGGGCAACCAGCUGGGGAAUUGGCUGCGCUAUGAGGAACAAGCCAGGCGUUUAUACUCGAAUCACACAGUCACUCAGCUGGAUCCACCAACAGAUGGAGAGAGAAGAGGCUCACAUUUCUCCUACUCUGAGUACAGACAACUGA